AUGGAGCACCUCGGGGCUCACCACCUGCACCAAGGCCAAGCCGAGCCCAUCAGCUUCGGCAUCGACCAGAUCCUCAACACCUCGGAGCCGGGGAGCUGCAUGGUGUCGCACCCGCGGCUGCAGGACUCGGCGGAUUACGGACUGGGCUGCAUCGUGGGCAGCGCCUACAACACGGUCACGGGUGGCUACGGGGCGAGCGGCGGCGCGGCCGGCGCCUACACCGGCACCUCUUGCAGCAUGGGCGGCCUGCCCGGCUCCUACAACGUGAAUAUGGCGGUGAGCAUGAACGGCAACACCUUGAGCUCGGCCGGGGGGGUAAUCCGCGUCCCGGCCCAUCGCCCGGUGGCCGGCGGCGUGCACCAGCCCCUCUCCGCCGCCGUGCCGGCCGUGAACGGCAUGAACAGUCUCACGGGGCUCACUUUCCCCUGGAUGGAGAGCAACAGGCGGUACACAAAAGACAGGUUCACAGGUCACCCCUACCAGAACCGCACGCCCCCCAAGAAGAAGAAGCCGCGCACCUCCUUCACCCGCCUGCAGAUCUGCGAGCUGGAGAAGCGCUUCCACCGGCAGAAGUACCUGGCCUCGGCCGAGCGCGCUGCCCUGGCCAAGGCCCUCAAGAUGACGGACGCCCAGGUGAAGACCUGGUUCCAGAACCGGCGCACCAAGUGGAGGAGGCAGACGGCGGAGGAGCGGGAGGCCGAGCGGCAGCAAGCAAACCGCAUCCUCAUGCAGCUGCAGCAGGAGGCCUUCCAAAAAACCAUCAACCAGCCCAUCCAAGCCGACCCCAUCUGCGUCCACAACUCCUCUCUCUUCGCCCUCCAGAACCUCCAGCCUUGGUCUGAUGACUCCACCAAGAUCACCAGCGUCACCACCGUCGCCUCCGCUUGUGAAUAA